GUUGUUGUCGCUGUUUGUCCAAGGUCUGGCGACCUUUGUGAACUGUGGCUACGUGCGCUGGGGCACGCGAGUCCAGGACCUCAUGGUCUACGCCAAGCUCCUGGCACUCGCAGUCAUCAUCGGUGCUGGUUUACUUCACCUGCUACAGGGUCACACGGAGAACUUUGAUGGAGCCUUCGAGGGCUCUGCUGUUGAUGCUGCCUCCAUGUCGCUCGCCCUCUACUCAGCCCUCUACUCGUACGCAGGUUGGGACAGCCUCAACUACAUCACAGAGGAGAUCAAGAACCCGGAGAGGAACCUCCCUCUGGCUAUCAUGAUCUCCAUGCCGCUGGUGACUGCCCUCUACCUGCUGACCAACACCGCUUAUUUCGCAGCGCUGGACAGCGUUUCGAUCCUACAAAGCAACGCGCUGGCCGUGACGUUUGGAGACCAGGUCCUGGGCGUGAUGAGUUGGACGAUCCCAGUCGCAGUGGCACUCAGCUGUUUCGGAGGACUCAACAGUUCCAUCAUCGGUGCCUCGAGAUUGUUCUUCGUUGGUUCUCGCGAGCGUCAACUUCCACAGCUGCUGGGGCUCGUUCACGUCACUCGCUUCACUCCGGUACCUGCACUCGUCUUUAACGCUGUGAGUGCCCUGGUCUACCUGUGCACGGACGAUCUCUACACCCUCAUCAACUACUACAGCUUCAGCCAUUGGCUCUUCACGGGUCUCUCGAUUGUGGGGCUCCUCCAUCUCAGAUGGUCUCAGCCUCAACGUCCGAGGCCUCUCAAGCUGCCCCUCGUGAUCCCCGUGACCUUCGCCGCCUGUUGCGUCUUGCUGGUCGUGGUGCCGCUGAUCAGCGACUUCGCCUCGUCCCUCGUGGGGGUGACGAUCGCCGCAUCAGGGCUGCCGAUUUACCUGCUGUUCAUCACUCAUCGACACGAGGUGGUCAGCUCCAUCAUGG